GUUUGUUGAAAAUUGAAAGAUGGUGUUCUCCCGUCCCCUGUCUUUACGAAUAGUAAAGUGUUUUUGUUUAAAUUCUUAGUUUUGGCGCGGUUUGUUCCUCAAGUAUUUUCCGGAAUAUAUUGUGUGCUUAAGCUACACUAGGUGGCGCAAGCUGCCACAUAUACACCAUUAACCAUCGGUUCAGCCAUCUAUCCACCCACAGCCUUCACCCACUUAUCGUUCCUUUGUUCUGUUUGGCGCGUUACUUGCGGUGGUGACGAAUGACGGUUGGCGAGUUUACCGAGUUGACGAGCCAAACGAAUGUCAGUAUUUUCGCGCCUAGCUGCUCGCGUGGCUUUAGCAGCGUUCGACAAUGCCGCCCGUGCGGUGUCUGGUCACCGUGCCUCACCUAAAGGCUGCCAGGUCUUUCAAGCUCGAGGAUGGAUCGGUAAACUCUUUGAAACAUGCGGUGGCUACGUGCCCCGUUCUUGGGAACUCCAUCAAACUGUCUUCUGUCAGGUUUCAGAUGCUGGAUUUGGUAUUUGAAGAAUACACUGACCUUGCUGCGGACGACGAAAUACAUGACAUGGCUAAAAUCACUCUCCUGCCCAUUGUAACUGUCCCAGAGGGUGGGCCAGGCUCAUCUUCCACUCAGGAGGAGGCUUCAUUGGAGACGGUGCGCACUGAAAACUGUGAAACCGCCCAAAGAGAGAGCUUGCCAGAUGAAACUUCUCCAGAUGACUCCUCUCCAGAUGUACCAUUGGUAGGCAUCGAGCCCUUUGAGCUGUAAGUGUGUUUUAAUGGUUGCGACUAUAGAGGCUAUGUUGUGAUACAAGGCAGCCUCGAAAUGCUUCUAUUCCGCUGUCACUAUAGAACGGCGGACAAAGUGGCAUCAAUGGAAACGCUCAUACCAGCUGCACUAGCGUCUCACCGGGUGCCUACCGUACAUGUGCGCUUUGCUUAGGGUGGUGACAUCUAGCCAUUUUGGUUCGCGUCUUUUUAUUUAUUGUUUGCUUGGAUCACAUGUCGGCUAGUAGCUUUACCUGCGCGGUGCCGUUUUGUUUCAUCUACUUCUUUGACGCAUCUCACGUACAUGGACCAUUGUGUUCUGCUGCGUUCCCUGGGCAAUGGAGGAACCAGGCA